AUGGAAAAAAAUAAUAUUAAUAAUACUCCAGCCAGCAUAGUGCCGGAAUGGGUAAAAAGCGAAUUAUUUGAGAGUGUGCUGAAGGACUCGAUCGAGGGCUACUCAAAAAUUAAGAGUUUCACGGCCAACGGCGACAUAGGACCAGGCGAAAACUUUGGAUCGGUCAUGCUGCGAGUGACCAUAGAAAUCGAACUGGUAGACGGCAAGGAUAAGACAGUGUCCUAUAUGCUUAAGUUACCGUAUCAGAUGGAGUUAUUUCAAAAGUUGAUGCAGAGCAACAAUUUCUUUGAAGUUGAGAAUAGUAUGUAUAAUAUUUAUGUGCCGGAGCUGGAGCAAAUCUAUCGGAAUGCCGGCUUGGAGCUGAAAUUUGGUCCAAAAGCCUAUCAACUGAAGGGUGCCAAGAGCGAUUAUAUUUUGUUAGAGGAUCUAACAGUCAAUGGCUUUAGGAACAUGAACCGUCUGGAGGGACUGGACCAGGUGCACGUUGAAACGACUCUUAAGAGAUUGGCUCAGUGGCAUGCCGCAUCCGCAGUUCGUGUGGCCACCAAGGGCGCCUAUCCGCAUCAGCUGAUAACUGGCAUCUUAAAGGAGCAGAACCGCGCGAUGAUGACCGAGAUAAACAAGCCAAUAGCACAGAACUUUGUCGAUAGCUGUGCCAACUACGACGGCAAUGAGGAGUACAUAGAGACUUGCUCUAUGUACUCCUCAUUGCCAGCAAUGCAGCCCACACUUGUAGAUCGCACGUUUCGCAUGGCUAAGCCGGAUCCAGCCGAGUUUAAUGUCUUGAACCAUGGAGACUUUUGGUGUAAUAAUAUGAUGUUUACCCACGAUACUUUUGGCAAGCUGAAGGAUAUAUUGUUCGUGGAUUUCCAAACUCCCAAGUACGGUACUUUUGCCCAGGAUUUGUACUACUUCCUGCUUUCCUCUACCAAGCUCGAGGAUAAGCUGCUCAAAUUCGACUACUAUGUCAGGGUCUAUCAUGAGAACCUUGUUAAGUCACUAAAACUACUUAAAUAUGAAAGUACUGUGCCUUCUCUAGGGCAGACACAUGUAUCGCUCAUCAAGUACAGCCUUUUUGGAUAUCUGACUGCCACGGGCGCUUUAGCUGCCGCACUGUUGGAACCCUGCGAGGAGGUCAAUAUUGAUAUGUUUCUUGGCGACUCCAAGGAGAGCGCCAACUUUAGGAGCAUGAUCACGGCAAACCCGCGAUAUCGAAAGCAUAUCGAGAUAGUGUUACCCUGGCUAUUGAAUCGUGCUUCAAAAAUGUCAUCGAACAGUCAAACAACAGUCGAGACACCCGAAUGGGUCAAUGCCGAACUGUUUGAGCAGUUGCUUAAGAAUACAGUCAAAGACUUUCAAAAUAUUAGAUCGUUUAAGGCUAUGCCUGGCACAAAACCCGGUGAUAAUUAUGCAACGCUUAUGCUGCGUAUAGAACUUGAAGUGCAACUAAAAGAUAAUACUAUAAAGCCCGUAUCGUACAUGCUAAAAGUACCACUAAAUUCAGCGGAAUAUCAGGAAACUUUUGGAAAGAACAAGUUCAGUAUGUUCGAUAUCGAACGUGAUAUGUUUAUGAUAUACGUGGAGGAAUUCAAGCAGCUCUAUCGCAAUGUUGGCUUAGAGGUAGAGUUCGGGGCCAAGUGCUAUAAGCUUGAUACGCCGAAUGAACACGUACUGCUGGAGGAUCUACGACCUAGAGGAUUCCAAUCAGUUGUUCGUAAGGCAGGAGUUGAUGAGGAACAUACCAUAUCAGUGCUCACAAAGCUGGCUCAGUGGCAUGCGGCGUCAGCUGUUCGGGUAGACAGAAAGGGUCCCUAUCCUAGUCAGAUAAGUGAUGGUAUUUUCAAUGAGGACGGCAAAGAGUUGAUAAGUAAAUUAACAGAUAGUAUGGUUCCCUACAUACUUAAUACCCUAACUACGAUUGAGGGACAUGAAGCAUACUAUGAGGAUAUAAAGAGUUUGGCCGGUCACAUUACGGAAAAAGUUCUACAAGUGGGCGUCAUUGAUCCAGCCGAGUUUAAUGUACUGAACCACUCGGAUUGCUGGCUGAGCAAUAUUAUGUUUCUCUAUGAUAGAGAAUCAGGAAAACUCUUGGACUCCUAUCUGGUCGACUACCAAAUGUGUAAAUAUGGCAGCGUAGCAAUCGACCUGAUUUCAUUCCUGUUAUCAUCCACUAAACUUGAAAUCAAAAUAAACAAAUUCGAUUACUUUAUCAAGCAGUAUUACGACCAGCUGAUAAAGCAUCUAAAGCUGUUGAAUUACAACAAAAAGUUACCUACUCUGAUAGAUAUACAUAAAUCCCUCUUAAAGAAUGGAAUUUGGGGGUAUUUGGCGGUGUGCGAUGUGAUGGCUGCAAGUUUGCUGGAAGAAACGGAAACAGCCAGCUUUGAUAAUUUAUUUUCCGAUUCGCCAGAGGCCGAUGCAUUCCGAACUCUACUCUACAACGGCAAGAUCUACAAAGAUCACUUAAAGCUUGUGCUGCCUUGGCUACACCAUCGCGGUGCUCUGCAAAAUGAGAUAUAAAGAAUUUCUAUUUAUUAUAACCGAUUUCUACCAAUAUACAAUACAGAACUUUUGUUCAGGCAUGAACGUACAUUAUAUUCAAGAAUUCUAAGCAUGCCGCCUACACACUCAACCACUUGCAGAGAGUGCAAUAGGAAUAGAUCAAAUUACAUGCUUAGAUUCUAAAAUUAGACAUACGAGCGUUGACCCUUACACAGUCAGCACUUGAUAAGCUAGAUUUAAGAGAUGAAAUACGCUUUACUCAGAGUAUUAUAACUCUAGCUCAGACGAAUAAAUAUCAUUACACAACUGAACGCCACCACAGUCAAGUGUAUUCACUA